AUGUCGCAGAGACCCGUUUUCGUCGCUACUCACCCUCGAGCAUGCUCAACAGCGUUUGAACGAGUUUUCAUGACUUGCCGGGAUACCGUUCAGUGCAUCCAUGAGCCGUUUGGCGAUGCUUUCUACUAUGGCCCGGAGAGAUUGGGCACGAGGUUCCUUGACGAUGAGAAAGCCCGCAUAGAGAGCGGCUUCAGUCAGUCAACCUACAAGACCGGCAAGAGAGUUUUCAUCAAAGAUAUCAUACACUAUCUCCUUCCUCCAAGCGGGAAGCCAGCCAGCAUCGCGCCGUCUUUGGGCGGAACGAAGCGUGGUGUCGGCACCGAAACCAAUGGCCACGUAGAUACUGCGGCCGGUGGCGUAAACGGUGCGGCCAACGGCCACAUGAUCGAGAAUGGGUGCAACAGUCUUGCCGAGAAGCAACCGUACCCGUAUGACACUGAGCCCGAGCCGGGUAAUCCCACCGUGAUGCCCAAAGAGCUCCUCUCCAAAUUCCACUUUGCCUUCCUCAUCCGUGACCCCCACUUCAGUGUCCCUUCAUAUUACCGCUGCACCAUUCCGCCUCUUGAUGAAGUAACUGGGUUCUAUUAUUAUGAUCCGGCCGAAGCAGGGUAUGAUGAGGUUCGUCGGACAUUCGACUACCUGCGGGGCGUCCACUUGAUUGGACCUCAUAUUGCGACGAAGGAGCAGGACGCGGAUGAGAUUGAUAACAAGCUCAAACCUGUAGUCAACGGAAUCGGCGAGGCGCAUGAGUCGGCGGAGAUCUGCGUCGUCGAUGCAGAUGAUAUGCUUGAUAAGCCGGGCCCGAUGAUCGAGGCGUUCUGCCGCAGCGUUGGUAUCAGGUAUGAUCCGUCCAUGUUGGAAUGGGACGACGAGGCCGAGCAACAGCAUGUGUGCGAGGCAUUUGAGAAGUGGAGGGGAUUUCACAAUGACGCUAUCGAAUCAAAGGGUCUGACGGCCCGGACGCAUAAACGUCCUGUGAAGACCGAAGAGGAAUUCGACGCCGAGUGGUGCAAGAAGUAUGGCCCAGAAGCCGCUGCAUUGAUCCGUAAAUCGGUGGAUGAGUGCAUGGCGGAUUACUUGUAUCUCAAGCAAUUUGCCAUGAAGGUGUAA